AUGGUCUACACGAUUGUCAUGCUGUUUUUCAGCAUAUACGUUCACGUAACUGACAUGUAUCAUAGUUUGGACGACAUCGACAAUUUUCUUUAUCUAUCUGCUAACAUUCUAAUGUCCAUCACAUCGUUGUUGAAGUGCAGCCUGUUGUACCGAAUCAAACUGAGAUUUUUAAAGUUGGUGAUCUACACGAGAACGCAUUUCUGGGACAUCGAGUACAACGAAGACGAGCAAGUAUACGUAGAGUCCGCUCGAAAAUAUAUCACUUUUGUCGUCAUGAUCACGUACGGCUGUGUGUCGUACAUUGCGAUAGGUUACAUCUGUAUACCAAUUUAUGAGACCGUCUCGGGAAACGCAUCCGUAAGAGUGCUUCCAUUGAGGAUGUGGCCGAUUCUGGGCAUGCCAAUUUACGACACGCCAUAUUUCGAAAUUCUAUUCAUCGUUCAGGCAUUCUGCUGUUUGCAAAUCGGCGUGUCCUUCGUAUCUCUCGACAACUUUCUCAUUCUCAUCAAUACGCACACAGCCUGCCAGUUCCAGAUACUGCAGCACAGAUUUUCGAAUUUGUUCGACGCUGACAGCAAAUUCAUCGAACAGCCUGAUUAUGCGGAUAAAUGUUACAAAGACCUGAAGGGGUGCAUUCAACAGCAUCAAGCGCUUAUCGAGUACUGUAUCAGAGCGGAAGCUGUCUUUUCAUUGAAUAUCUUAAUUUAUGUGGUGGUAUUCGGCGUGGGAACCUGUUUGUGCAUGUAUCAGGCGCUUCUAGGCGAUAUAUCUGUUGAACGGCGAGUGUGUUUCAUAUUCUACGUAGGUGGUAUUAUACUUCAAUUGCUACUGAUUACGCAUUCUUGCGGUAUAUUGAUAACUGAAAGCACGAACAUUGGAUCGGUUGUGUACGCAACUUUGUGGCCCGUUUUGUCAACGAAUAGAUCCGGCAGAAUGCUGAGAAGACACAUACAUAUGAUCAUACUGAGAUCACAGAAACCCUGUCAGUUAACUGCUGGCGGAUUCUUCCCUGUGUCCUUACAGACCUCUACUAAGCUCGUCAGUACCGCAGUGUCUUAUUUCACCCUGCUGAAGCAAUCAUCGGAGUCGUAA